AUUGCCAUUGUCGGUCAUCCACCAUCAAUAUCGCCAUGGCCAAGUCUAAAGCAGCCAAGCGCAAGCGCAAUGCCCAAGUCGAUCUUCCCCAGAAAGUCCCCAAGGCUGACUCGAUUUUGACGCCGCCGCCCGAUGGCGCCACCCGAGAACCGAAAAACCUGACAACGGUGGUGGACGAGGAGGAACUGGACAUCACCAUUGAGACGCUGAGAACCCUCACUCAGUACCCCAGUCUCACCAAGUCCAAGGCAUGCAAGGAUCUCCGGGUGGCAGUCUAUGACUUUCGUCAGGCAUGCACCACGGGGGUCAACACUGCCGAGGGGGCCAACCUGACGGCACGCAUCACGGGGGCCCUGGCCGAUAAAAAGUACCUGGACGCCAAGAUCCUGCUGGCCGAGAUGAGAAUCCGGGGGGAGCAGCCCAAGAUCGGAGCCUUGUGUCGCUGGGUGCGCGAUCUGGACGUGGUCAGCGGGUUGUCCACCCAACCCGAAGCCCUCGCCCGAGCCCCUCUGGAACGCAGCUCCGAGGAUUUGGAACUUCUGGUCGUCCUCGACGCCAUUCUACGUGUCAGCACCCCGAUUGAUACCAGCCCGGAUGCCGUCGACUCGACCUCUCCCAUCGCCUUCCAGUCCAUCUGGGACCUGCGCCCCUCGACCACUCCCUUGCCCGUCUACGCCUCCGUCCUCGAUAAAUCCAUCCUGGCCGAAGCCCCGAAAUCUCCCUCUGCCCUCCGCAUCAUCGAAGAAACCCCGGGUCCCCUCCGCAAGCCUCCGAACCAUCAUCCGGCUAUCCUCUACACCACCGCUCCUAACGCCGUCCCGCUGGCCCCGGUCGGCCCGUCUAUAACCUACGUGCCCCAUCCCGCCGUGCCCGGCCUCGGCCUCGCUCUGAACGUCCUCUCCACCGCCGAGUGCAAGGCCAUCAUCGCCGCCGGAGAGUCCGUCAACUUCGUCCCGGACGUGCCCCGCCGUGAAGACGGCGACAUGAGCAUCCUGGCCCACAACUUCUACUGGGUCGUCGACACCACGUUCCACGACAUGCUGUGGGCACGUAUCUCAGCGUACGUACCACAAUCGAUCAACGGACGUCUCGCCCGGGGCAUCAACCGCCGUUUCCGAGUUUACCGCUACGUCCCUGGGGCUGAAUACCGCUGCCACAUCGAUGGAGCCUGGCCGCCGUCCGGCAUCCUCCCGGAUGACACAUACGUGUACGAUGCGUCGCCAGAGGACAAGAAGCAGAGCUCCAUGUAUACCUUCCUGCUCUAUCUGAACGACGAGUUCGAGGGCGGAGAGACGACAUUCUUCAUCCCGGCCAAACGGGAGGGCACUAUGAAUGCAUACCCGGUGCGUCCAGUCAUGGGAGCGGUAGCGAUAUUUCCACAUGGCGAGGCCAAUGGGGCUUUGCUGCAUGAGGGUACGGGUGUCCGCAAGGGCGCCAAAUACAUCAUCCGGACGGACGUAGAGUACGACGUGAAGCCGUGCGAAGAGUGAAGAUAUAGAAUGCCAUUUAUACGCCCGUUGGGCGAUGCGUUGACGACCUUAAAGUAGUAGAGACUGAAAUACUGACGGCCAGGUGAUUCGCUUAAAAGUUUAUCGAUUUUGAUCCGAAGGGCCAAGCUCCCGCGAUAGGACGGAUGAGCAACAGCAGACAGAGAUAACAGCUGACUUGGUUAUGAUGGUUGCAGGUGCAGCUUUAUUCGAUCUUUUGGAUCAUGCAAUGGCUCAUCUAGGAAUAUAUUUCUCACAGAAUUUGGAAGGACUGUGACUAUGCACUGAUUUCUUGGCAUUGGUCCCUCGAGACGGAGUACUCUCAAUGAAUUCCCGUAAGAGC